AUGGACGAUCUCCCACCAUGGUCCCGUCUCGGGGUUGUCCCCUCUCAAGUCGCGAUGGACUCUGAAUCUGAGGAUUCUGGAUCUACUACUCCUACAACCGCGGAUACUGCAAACACAGAGACUGAGCCAUUCCCCGAGACUGAACCAUUUCCCGAAUACAAUGAGUCCGAGUGUGAGAUGCUUGCAUCUUGCAUCGCAGUCGAGAAACGCCGCGAGGAAGCAUGGGUCUACGCUUUAGGCAAAGCUGCCCAGCAAGAGAUCCGCAUGCUCCAUGUCGACCCCAACAUAACUCCAUAUGUCCAAAGUGACCCGUCUCAGUGCAACCAGGUUGUCCUCGAACAGCUGCAAGACCUUCUCGCCGACCCGGAAAUGCUUCCUGAUAUCCGCAAGCAAUUCAUUACUAUCAUCAACGCCACUAUCCAGUUCAAUCUCGUCAUCUUCCACCAAAGCCCAGAGUUUCUGGCUCCCAAAGAAAUCGAAGACGCGGAACUUGACCUCGAGACCAUUCUAAACCACGUCGAAUUCAUCGAAGAGAUGCUCAGAGAGCAGCUGGAGACUGCCGAGCAGGUAUCCUUCGCCCUGGAGGGUGUCUCAAUGGAGGCUACUUCGGCCUACGACCGUCUUUGCAAAAUGGCGGCUGUGUUCGCUAAGUACCAACACCCUUUGCUUCUUGUCUACCUGAAUAGGACCAUGAAGAAGCCUCGAUACCUUGAACGACGACUGCUUGCCUUGUACAUGGACAUGUAUGAAGAAUGGGUCCACAAUCCUUUCCUUCUUCUGCGCAACCGUCAGCUCUUGAACGAGCGAAAUCCUACCCCCGCACGCGCAAAGCUUUCGCGUCGUGUCCUUGUCAUCUGGGAACUGAUGAACAGCUGCAUCGAUACCUACGGUACCUUGACCUGGCUCACUCUUGAGAUCAAACGACAGUACUUCACGCCAAUGAUGGGUUAUCUUUGUGACUCGCCAGAGAUCUGGGAGCACUGCUGGGAUCGAUACCAGGCACUCGGGAAAGAUCGACACAAGGCAGCCGAGCGCGAUUUGUCUCCAUAUGACACCGUCUAA